AUGCAAAAAGAAAACUACAAAAAUUUCAUCGCUGGAUGGGGCGCGGGCUUUAUUGAAACUUUGCUGUUAUAUCCUCAAAAUAAAGUGAUAUUUCGUCAGCAGCUCCAAGGUAUUACUGCAAAGGAAGUUUUUAGGCAGUUAAGAAAUGAAGGUUAUUGGAUGUUGUAUAGAGGAAUGCUUCCACCUCUUAUACAGCGAACAACAACACGAUCAGUAAUGUUCGGGAUGUUUGACAAAUUUCAUCGCUAUUUUGGUUGCACAGAAUGUCAGACAACAUCGACUCAUGUUGCAUGUUUAGCGUGUGCUGCAUUUAUGGUGCAGUAUUUAGCAGGUGCGGUUGAAGCCAUUUCAUGUCCUUUGGAGAGGACGCAAGUCCUUUUGCAAUCACCGAAGUACAAUCAGCGCUAUAAAAAUACAAUUCAUGCUUUCAACGAACUUGCUAAGAUUGGAAUAAAAGAAUUGUACCGUGGAUUCACAGUUGUAUUGUUGAGAAAUGGAUCAAGUAACGUUGUUUUUUUCACGUUAAGGAAACCAUUUCGUGAUUUGGUUAAUUGUGAUCAACACUACAUACCUUGCUACAUCAACGGUAGGACACCGGAACAAUUGAUGACAUUUGUUGGGGAUUUUGUAUCGGGUGCUAUACUUGGUGCUUCUAUAUCAUCACUCUUUUUCCCGUUAAAUGUAGUUAAGCAACGAAUGCAGAGCACUAUAAACAGCCCAUUUUUAUCAGCUUGGACAACUUUUCAAGUUAUUUGGACCGAACGGAAUGGUUCGUUUAGGGAGCUAUUUCGUGGAAUUACUCUCAACUAUACGAGGUCGCUGUUAUCGUGGGGUAUUAUUAACUCUGUGUAUGAGCUCCUCCAACAUCUGUUUACAAAGUAA